AUGUCACAAGGUGGGUUCAAGAACAAGAAAAGAAUAGCAGUCAUAGGACUCGGAGCUGCUGGAUUAUGUUCUCUCAAACAGAUUAAAGAUGCUUUUAGUAGAUCUGAAGUUGUAGAGAGAGAAGAAGUGGAAGUAGUGGGGUUUGAAAGUAAUUCGGAUGUUGGAGGUGUUUGGUUCUCAAAUGAAAAACCAAAAUCUUAUCAAAAGAAAAAUCAUAAAUCUGAAAAGGGUGAAGAAACUGUUUUGGUUUAUCCUGAAAAGGGAAAAGAUCCUUCUCCUAUGUAUCCUGGUUUGAGGGUGAAUGUACCUUCUGACCUUAUGGCUUUUAGGGAACAUCUUUUUCCACCUGAUGCUCCGGAAUUUGGUGAUCGUCAAACCAUACAAGAUUAUCUAUCUUCAUACGCUAAAACCUUCUCUCUUUAUCCACUUAUAAGAUUCAACACCCGUGUCACACGUUUGUUCUUGACCCCUUCCACUCCCUCAUCCUCCACCUCUUUCCCUUCUUCCUCUGAUUCCACCCUCAAUCCAUCUCCAAACUCCCCCUUCACUACACAAUCAAACUCCUCCCCUGAUCCAUCUUCAAGCCCGUCGAGCUCGUCGAACCCAAUCCUACCCCGUCGCUGGACACUACGAUCCAAAAACCUUUUAACCGAUGAAGAAAACGAAGAAACGUUCGACUUUAUAUCCAUCGCCAACGGACAUUACUACGACGGACAUAUCCCUUCCAUCCCAGGUCUCGCAACUUUCCCAGGGGAAAUCCUCCAUUCGAGGUAUUAUCAUAAACCUGAAGAUUAUAGAGGAAAGACGGUAUUGGUAGUUGGUUCUUCUGCUUCUGGACAAGAUACUUCAAGACAUUUAGCUAGUUUAAAUUUACCUUCUCAUUUAAGGAUUCUCGCUCGAGGUAAACCAUCUUCUUCUAAAAUACCUCUUACUCCUAUCAGUCCGAAUGUAUCUUCUUCUCCCAAUUCCUCUUCUCCUCUUGAAGGAAACGAUUUCGACUUGGAAAAUGCAUCAUGUGGUGAUGAUCUUGAGAGGAAUACAAGUGGUUUGUCAAGUUCAUCAAUCGAUAUCAAUUCAGGAAAACGAGGAACCAACAUCAUACCACAGAAACAAGAUGUGGAUGGAAAGUCUGAUCCAAAUGAUCAGGUGGGAAGAGAGGAAGUGGAAAGAGAAAUCCUUCCCACAGAUGAAAAUUAUACAAAAGUUUAUCUUUCCGUAACACCUCAAACUGCUUUUUCUUUAUCUUCAGAACAACCUUGGUCUAAACAUAUAAACCUAGUCUCUAUCAUUUCUUCCAUCUCUCCUCCUUCUGUCCAUCAUCCAAAAGGUGUGAUACAUUUCAAGCAAAGUACCAACUGUCCAAACGGGGUUAUACAAGAUGAAGAACAUAUCGACCAAUCGAGAGCAGGCGUUCAUAUAGACUCUCCAAAAAUAGGCGUACAUAUUGACUCUUCAAAAGAUGAGAUACAUAACGAUCAUUCACAAGACGGGAUACAUAUUGAUCAUUCCAAAGACGGAAUACAAACUCUCAAACAAAUUGACAAUCUAAAAGAAACCAUACAAACUAUCGACUUUGAAUCUAUACCUACCGAAAAUGAUCUAUCAGACAUAGACGUAAUAAUAUUCGCUACAGGUUAUUACUGUUCUUUACCAUUUUGUAAAGUGACUGAUGAACCUUGGAAAUCACAAAGAUUGUUAGAUGGGACGAUCGAAGCUGGAGAAAGAGAAGGUGGAUGGGAAGAAGAAGAAGGUGGUAUGAAAGGUUUUAUGAUGAAGAAUUUAGAUGCGUUGUUAUUGUUUUUAAGAAAUGAUAGGAGCGUCGCUUUCCCUCUUUUACCAUACCAAAUCGUUCCAUUCCCAUUCGCGGAGAUCCAAGCUCGUCUGGUCGCUUUACUCUGGGCAGGAUUAUUACCUUCUUUUCCUGAACAUCCAACCUUACCACCUAAUCCUGGUAAUCCAUAUUUCACACUUCCUACUCCACCUCCAACCCCUUCUCCGACCAAUCCAUCUCUGGAUUCACCUCUUUCUCUUUCACGAGGACUGUCUCCAUCCAUGCCUUCCAUUCAUUCUUUUGCAUCGACAUCUUCAAAUUCGAAAACCUCUGGUCUUGAAGUAUCUUUAUCAGAGGAAAUAUCGGUAUCGGUGAUCGACCAACUUGCAGAGGAUAUAACUUCCAAUACACCUCUUCCUCAAUUCUCCGACCCUUGCUCUAACCUAAAUAUCCCUUCCAAUAUUGUCAACGAUCCUUCUACGUUGGUACUGCAGAAGAAUGAGGUCGGGGAAUCGACAACUACGAGUGAUAAUCAAGAAGAAGGAGAAAGAGAAAUCGGUUCAGACGAAAUCAAACAUAAUGUCAGAACGGUAUACGCAAUGAGACAAAAGUUUAUCUUUCCCGCACCAUACGAAUGGGCUUAUACGGAUUAUAUCAUGUCUAUCACUUCUGAAGCUGAAAAAGGUUCAGAGGAAUAUUGGAGAAAGGUCGAACCUUGGCGUAUUGUCAGGAGAGCGGAAUUGGGAGCUGGUUUGAGGAAACGUGUUUUGGGGUACUAG